AUGUGGCUGCAGGCGGCUGCACGCAUCAUUGUGGCCAUUGAGAACCCGCAGGACAUCAUCGUGGCGUCGCAGCGACCCUACGGAUCCCGCGCCGUGCUCAAGUUCAGCCAGUACACGGGCGCCAACCCGCUGGCUGGGCGAUGGACCCCGGGCACCUUGACCAAUCAGAUCACGCAGAAGUACCUGGAGCCCCGCCUGCUCAUCGUCACGGACCCCCGCACGGACAACCAGGCCAUCAAGGAGGCGGCCUAUGCCUCCAUCCCGGUCAUCGCCCUUUGUGACACCGACAGCCCCCUGGACAACGUGGACGUGGCCAUCCCCGCCAACAACAAGGGCAAGGAGUCCAUCGCGCUGCUGUACUGGCUGCUGGCCCGUGAGGUGCUGUACCUCCGCGCGACGCUGCCCCGCAACCAGCCUUGGGACGUGAUGGUGGACUCGUUCUUCUGGCGCGACCCGGAGGAGAUCAUGCAGCAGGAGGAGGACUGUGGCCGGCAAGCUCGUCUUGAGUUCGCGGCCUUGGUGGAAGCCAAGGGGGGCUAG